CCAUCCUCUCAAUCUAACUCCAAAUUUUUCUCCUCUCAAAACCAAUCCUUACUAAUACCAUAUUUCUCAUUCAGCGCAGUUUGGGAAUAAAGGAAACCGCAGAGCAAAGACCAAAAAAGAAAGGCAAAUUAUGGCUUCUUCUUCUGCAGUUUCCAUGGCCAUGCCACUGACUUACACAAGUCAGAAGAUACAACCAAGUGCUGUGGCUUUCUUGAAGCCAUUGCCAGUAAAGCCCUCAAAGAGUAGUGCAGCAUCAAAACCAGUUGCAAGGUUUGAAGUCAAGGCUUUACUUAAGGAGAAGGUUGUGACAGGAUUGACAGCAGCUGCCCUGACUGCUUCCAUGGUGAUUCCCGACGUAGCCGAAGCAGCUGACAGUUUUUCACCAUCCCUCAAGAACUUCUUGCUCAGCAUUGUUUCAGGAGGAGUUGUGCUUACUGCAAUUAUUGGCGCUGUAAUUGGUGUUUCCAACUUUGAUCCUGUCAAACGGACUUGAGAAACAAAAUUCUGAUAUAUCUCCACUCUCUUCUUGUAUCUAUCUAAUGUUCCCCUGAUGAUUUAUAUAAUGUUUACAUAACCAAUCAA